AUGGUGGGUUUCUUGGCACAGCUAAGAUUCGGUGUACGAUUUCCAAGUGGAUUGAACCAAUGCCUCACAGAAUCCGUCAUUUCUUCUCUCACAACUAGAAGUUUUUCUACUUCGGUGUCUCUUGCCCAAAACAUUGACACUACACCACUCAAACUGUCCAACGAACUGUUCGCCACUUUUCGUAUCCAUAACCGUCCCUACUUGGUGACUAAGGGCGACAAAGUUUACUUGCCGUUCAGAAUGAAACAGGCCGAAGUUGGUGAUGUUUUGAACCUUAACGACGUAACGACUAUUGCAUCCAGAAACUACCAAGUAGUAGGUUAUCCUAUAGAUCCAUCGCUGUAUACCGUCAAAGCCACGGUUAUCGAGAAAACCAAAAGGCCCAUGAAGGUUAGAGAAGUGACCAAAAGAAGAAACAGAAAAGUUCGUCAUGCUGAGACAAAAGCAGAUCUUACUGUACUUCGAAUUUCUGAAUUGAGCGUGAAAUAA